AUGACUUCUGAGCGUGAGAACAAGACGUUCCUCGCCCGGCUCUGUGAGCAGGCUGAGCGCUACGAUGAGAUGGUCACGUACAUGAAGGAAGUCGCCAACAUUGGAGGCGAGCUUUCCGUCGAUGAGCGUAACCUUCUCUCCGUUGCUUACAAGAACGUGGUCGGUACCCGCCGUGCCUCGUGGCGUAUCAUCUCCUCCAUUGAGCAGAAGGAGGAGUCCAAGGGCUCUGAGCAGCACGUCUCGAUCAUCCGUGACUACCGCCAGAAGAUCGAGACCGAGCUCGAGAGGGUCUGCCAGGAUGUCCUCGACGUUCUAGAUGAGUCCCUUAUCCCCAAGGCCGAGACUGGCGAGUCCAAGGUCUUCUACUACAAGAUGAAGGGUGACUACCACCGCUACCUCGCUGAGUUUGCCUCUGGCAACAAGCGCAAGGUCGCUGCUACCGCCGCCCACGAGGCUUACAAGAACGCUACCGAUGUCGCCCAGACUGAUCUUACCCCUACCCACCCCAUCCGCCUUGGUCUCGCCCUGAACUUCUCCGUCUUCUACUACGAGAUCCUGAACUCCCCCGAUCGUGCCUGCCACCUUGCCAAGCAGGCGUUCGAUGACGCCAUUGCGGAGCUCGACUCGCUUUCGGAGGAGAGCUACCGUGACAGCACCCUGAUCAUGCAGCUCCUGCGUGACAACCUCACUCUGUGGACCUCUUCUGAUGGCAACGAGGCCGAGGGUGCUGCCCCCAAGGAGGACAAGCCCGAGGAGGAGACCGCCGCUGCCCCCGAGGACAAGGCCGAGGAGCCCAAGCCCGCUGCCCCUGAGUCCUAG